AUGGGAAACAAGAUAGUAGAGAAGAUAAGUGAGAAGAUGAACAGGAAGCCUGCCACCUGCUUCCUUUACAUCGAUCGAGGCCUUGAAUUCACCGACCACCACGCUUUCUUCAUCAAGUCCGCCAAACAAAACCAGAAACCGGCCGUGGCACAUGCGGCCUUCGAAGUGCAUGAUCUUGACGUUCAGCAAUUGGGCCACCAGCACCUGGUCUCGCAGGGAUAUGAAUUAUGCUGGGGAGUUGGCAGACAUCUACUUGGAAGUCAGAUUUUCGACUACUGGUACGAUACCAGUGGCUUCGUUUUGUUGAAGCCCGUGACUGAAUUUUCCCCUUGUUCCCAGGAGCACUACGCCGAUGGCGAGAUGGUCAACUGCGAAACACACGUCUCUCAUAUACCUGCGGGGCCCGAAGCUUUGUCUGUCUGGGGCCCAGAAGUGCCAAGUUAUUUCUAG